AUGUAUCGAACUCAAAAUUUUCAGUGGAAGGCCGUCCACGUCCUCGCCAUUCUGGCCCACGUCGGCCUCGUAAUUGCAUCUUCUGUCUCGUUUGUCCAGAACUUGAACAUGGGAAGGGACAACAACGACAGGAACGCGAUAGACUGGAGCAAGGUGGUUAGCUCUAAUUCGAAUCCCUGCAGCUUCGCACUUAUGGGCGGUUUUGGACGCCUCGGAUCCUCCGACAUCUUCGAUGUGGCCAUCUAUACGCUUCCCCUCUCCGCCCUAGCAGUGGGAAUCGUUGGCCUCAUCUUCAACAUUGUCCUCUUUGUAAUCUUGCUGGCCGUCGAAACCAGCAGACCCUCGUUAACCGAGGGCGAGCAGCACUGGCGCAAGCAGAUCGUCACCUUCUUCGGCUGCGUCUUUAACCUGCUCUUGGCUGGUGCCGGCAUCGGCCUAGCUUGCACCAUGGGACUCAAAAUAUCAGUCUCUAGAUCACUAAUCUCACCUACAGCCUUGGCAGCAAUUCAGUCGCCAAUAUGUAUGUGUACGGCCGUAUACGACGCCGUCAAAAACCACCGAGAUGGCAAGGGUCUUCUUGACUGA